AUGAAGUCCUUUGGCCUGAUCAUGCUGGCGCUGAUGCGGGACCGUGGCCUCUCGGCAGCCCAAGCAGUCACCAUACUGGGCAUCUUCCUCGGCAUUCAGCGCCUGGGGGCUCCGCUGGCCGCGUUGAUGUGUCGCCGACUGUCCGAGAGGCAUGUGGCCCUGCUCGGCAGCCUCUGCUGCACGCUAGGUCUGGGUCUGAGUGCCCUGGCCGACGUCGCUCGCGUGCUUUACCUCACCAACGGGGUUCUGUUCGGAACUGGCCUUUGCCUCUGUAUGACGUCCAGCGUGAUAAUACUGCAGCAGUACUUCGACAACCGACGUGGUCUAGCCACUGGCAUCAUGGCAGCCUCGUUCCCCGUCGGAGGCGUAGUCUUUCCGCCUUUGAUAAAUCUCCUGCUGAACGAGUUCGGCAUGGGUGGCACCUAUCUGCUGCUCUGUGGACUGUUAAUGCACAUGUUCGUCUCGUCGAUGCUGUACCGGCCGCCGCAUACGCAGAGGAUGAUCAUGCGAUUGGACAGAAAGCGACUGCUGCGAAAGAAGUGGAAAACACCCGAUACCUUAUGCACGAACAAAAGCCACAGCGAGAGACAGCACCUACCCGUGAGCCAGGACAUCCAGGCGGCCGUCACUGAUUCGGAGCUGAGCUGUGCUGCCAACGGUAGCCCGGCGGUGGCGGUCAUACUGCCACCUGCGGUCAACGGCCGCUGGGCGCAGCUGUCGCGCAUGCUGGACCUGAAGCUGCUUGCCGACCCGCUCUUCUUGUCGUGCACGUUCUGGGCUUUCAUGGUCUGCAUUGGUUUUCCACACAUGAACAUGCUCCUGCCGAGCUCCGGCUCGCAAGAAAUCAAAAUGAGCCGCGACCGCAUGGCCAAUAUGGUGGCCUUCAUGGCGCCCAUCGAGUUUGUGAGCUCACUGGCGUUCGGCGCCGUGCUUGACCGCCGGCUCUUCCACAAGCGCUACGGCUGCAUCAUCACCAGCAUGGUUGGAGGCACCGCUGCACUGGCGAUGGUGUUCGUGCGAUCGAGCGCUGGUCUGUACGUCUUUGCCGCUCUCGGGUACAUGACCAGCGGCUUUAUACUCGUAGUGGUGCCGUUGUUGUUGGUUGAGUUUUACGGUGAGGAACGAAUCUCGUCAGCGUCAACACUGUGUGCCGCGUUGGCGAGUCUGGCGAGCAUGACGUCGAUGCCCUUGGGCGGCCUGCUGCGCGAGGCGACCGGCUCACACCGUCCGGUAUUUGCUGUGAUCUCGGCGUGCGUGCUGAGCGGCGGUCUCUCUGUGCUGCUGCACCCCAUCAUCAUACCGGCACCUCCUCUCAGGGAGCACCUGCGGGCCGAAGACGUUCACGUGCUCGGUGACAGCCGCACCGAGGCGCCCGGCCCUGGACGGGACUUGGCUCUGCUGGCCGCCUGCAGCCACACCGUGUUCAAUUACGGCGCCUACGGCUUCUUGGAGUGUUCCUCGCGGGGCGGACCAAGCGCGUGGUCAUAG